GAGGUUUUUCGAUGCGCUGGAAACAAAAGCCACAUUUAACCUUGACAUCAUGCAUCUUACAUCAUUUGUUGAUUGUUAAUAUGUCAAAUGAUGAUUGUAAUUUCGAUGAUAUUCAAAGCUUGGAGAUGGAAUUCCUCAAUUCCAUGUUUGAAGGCACUCCAAAUCAUUCUUUGUUGAAGUAUGAUAAGGUAUCACGUUGUGGAUCUUUUAUAUUUCAUCCUCACUUCCCGCAACCUAUCGAAUUAGUUGGACCAAAAACAAAAAUGAAGCUAAGAAAUGAUUUCACCAUCGAGUCUGCACCAGAUGAGACAAAUAAAUACCGCUACAUUCUACAGUAUUUACCUAUAAUUACUUUAACUUUUAUUCUGCCAUCAAGUUACCCUGGACUUAUUCCUAAUGUAUCAAUACCGAAAUUCUCUUUGUCAUCUAUUUGGUUGCCUAUUAGUAUACUUAGUGAAUUGGAAAGAAAACUAACCGAAAUAGCUAAUGAUAAUCUGGGUGAAAUAACUCUUUCUUCGUGUAUAGAGUUUCUUCAAAAUGAAUUCUUCCACUUCUUGAUUAACAAAGUCGAUGAAAAUCAUGAAUCCAACACAUUUGACCUUUUCAAAUUCUAUGCAUAUUACACAACAGAAAUGAAGUUUCCUAUUCAAGAUUGUUGUGAUUUUUUGCUUUCCAAUAAUGAUGACCGAUUGGAUGUUGAAUUUAACGAGUCUCUAAUUGAAUGUCCUGUGUGUUUUGACACUAAGAAAGGCAAUCGAUUUGUCCGUUUUAUGAAGUGUAAAUGUGUUAUAUGUCGAGACUGUACAGUUGAGUGUUUUAAGAUUGCAGUAAAAGAAUCAUUAUUUAAUGGAGCGUUAUCAUGCCUGAAUUGUAAUGAAGAAGUUAGUCACUCAGAAGUUCGGCAUAUCUUACCUGAAGAUGUAUAUGAGAGAUAUGAAAGUUUGGUUUAAAACGAGGCUUAGACUUUAUGCGAGAUGUGGUCGCCUGUCCUAGGCAACAAUGUGAACAUCCGGUUAUUUUGGAUUCAGAAAACCUUGGACGAUGUCCUCGAUGUGAAUUAAGCUUUUGUCCUAUGUGUUUAAAACUUAUCAUGGUGUAGAACCUUGUAAAAUUAAAUUGAUAAGGUCUAGUUUAAAUGAAAAUAUGGAGAGUACAAGCACAACGUUGUCAGUAGAUAAUGAAGCCUUAUUAUCCCGAAUGAGAGAAGAAGAGGAAUCAGAGAAGGUAAUACUUGAAAAGUACAAACUAUGCCCUGGUUGUUGGACACCGUGUGAAAAGAUAACCGGUUGCAAUAAAAUGAAAUGUUCAUAUUGUCAUUUAACAUUUUGUUGGUUAUGCCUUGAAGGUAUCUAUGAUUAUCUACAACCGUAUUCUCACUUUUCUAAAGGACAGUGUAAAGAUCAACUUUGGACGGAUAAUCCUGUUGAGUAAAUGUUGCAUAUUUUUUAUUCAUCGAUGUGUUGAAUGAUCACAUCAAGUAUUUUGUACACAUACUGGGUGUAUUCUACCUUUAAUUUCGCUUAAUUUUUGACAUUUUGUAAAUUUUUUCAUGAGAAAAAGAAAUAUAAGAAAAUGAAAAGAUAAGUGGCUCAGUGAAGAGGCUAUUUUCGAUGAAUUCAUUCACUUAACUGUACAAUCCCAUUUAUUAUACAAUUUCUAGUGAGAAUGUACUUUGGUUUUGAGAUAAUGGAGAAUAUUUGUAGCUCAG